AUUAAUACACAUUAAGGUUUUGGAGAAAAAUUAAUUUUUUGAGAUUCUUUUUAGACAGAAGUGUUGUACUACACUUCCGUAAUUUUACAUACAGGUCACAGAAUGGAGUUUUAAUGGUAAAAAAAAUGCUGUCAGCCCCUUCAAGCUGUGAUUUAAGUGUUAUUGUAAGUGAUUCAUAACUCUAAAUUCCUACACUAGAUGUUCUUUUUAGCCUUUUCUUUUAAAACUGUCAUUUCAGUUUCUCACAGCAGUAUAUGGUGAAUUUGCACGUCAGAUAAAAUGUACUUCUGUAGUUUGACCUUUAGGAACAGAUAAAAGUAAUAAUUUCUCAUAUUCUAAAGUAAAAAAAAAAAAAAAAAGAAAUUUAAGUAGAAUGGCUGCUAUUAGAGAAAGGUUUCUAUUUUAUCAAAACUCUGUUUGGACCUGCAUGAAAUGGAAGAACAGAUGCAAUUCUUAUGCUGUACUUGAGUCACAUGAGUUUUGUGUAUCUGUGAAGUUGCAGAGCUUGGGGUUUGAUGGAAAUUUUUGCUCAUGCCACCCAUUAGAGAACUUUCACAUGUGCUACAGUUCUUUCUGUGGGUUAAUAUGUGGACUUGGCAAUGUGUGAAAUAGGGCUUUGCCAGCUGCCUGGGAAGAGGGUCUUCCUGUGCUGCUCUUAGACCUGGUUUGCAGCUGUGGUAAGUGCUAAUCCUGGUGGUUUUUUGUGGCCACUGCAAGUUUCAGGAUUUAACCAUGUAAAUGAAACAUUUAAUUGGCCCUUCCAGUAUGAAUAUCAACACAAAAACUGGUUAAUCUGAUACUUGUCUUUAGUGAUGAUUUUUUUUUCUGUUGUAAAACGAAAUAUCAUAAACCUGGCAAUGUCUUAGAUUUUAUUUCUGGCCUUGUAAAAUAAAAAGGACAGUCCAGUUUUCAAAGGGUAUAGGACACUUUGUUUUGGGAACACCACAAGAGAGAUACUUUUCUUAAGACAGAAAUGUCAUGCUUUAUAAUGUAAAUGGAUUUGGGGGACAUAUUCAUCUGGUUAUUUUAUAAGAACUGACAAUUUAAAAAAUAUAGAUGUAGAGGUGAUUUUUUUCUAAAUGGAUUUUUUUUUUAUUUUGAUCUGCAAUUUUUAACUUCUUUGAGCAUUAUACCAACAGAAAAGGAGGUGAAGCCAAGCAAGGUCAGUUCUUUCCUUAUUUGCAGUCUAGGCUUUUCUUCAGAGUUCUGCAUUCAGUAAAUCUCAGUGAAAAUGCUUCCAUACAUUUCGUGUUCUCUCUGUAUGUUUAUACAAAUUACUUGGAGCCACAGCAGUGGCAGAGAGGGCUCUUGCAAGGGCUAGGUUCGAUAACAGAUAUACUGGACAGAAUGAAAUUUAUACAUGUUACGACUUUGUUGAGAAUUCUUUGCCCAUAAUCUGGAUCUCUCAAUUGAAAUUAAAACCUAAGAGUUGCCAGAAAUGCUCCAAGAAUACUUAAACAUAGUUGCUUUUCUUUUUCCUUUGGAGAGUUCAAGCUAUUUAUCUUUUACUUAGAGUUUCUUUAUAAUAGCUCCUAAAGCAUCUGUUUGGUGGGAUUUAAUAGUCUUUAUUAAAUAAAGCUUUACUGGAGUAUGGAACAGCAUUUCUUGUUCUUCAGUCUUACAGAACUCUUCUCUCUAACCUGAUGCAGAUGAAAGUGUUUCAUCUGAUUUCCGGUAAAGUUUUCUGUAGGCAUCUUCAAGGCAAAAACAAACAAAAAAAAAAAGGGUGAAUAACUUCAUGCCUGAACUACUGUCUUUCAGAGUGUCUCAGAAUACUCUGAGUUGGAAGGGACCCACAAGGAUGAUCAAGUCCAACCUCUAAGUGAACGCACUGAACCCACAACCUGUUGUUAUUAGCACCAUGCUCAAACAACUGAGCUGUCCUUUACAAUUUUUUUUUCAAUUUUCCUUUACAAUUUUUUUUGCUUUAGCCCAUAGAUUUUAGUAAUUGCAGAAAACACUUUUAUUGUAUCCAACCAGUUGCUUGAGGGAGGACUGUAUUUUUCAUAAUUUUCGGUACAGUUAGCUUUUCUCUGUGGUGCAGAAUCGGCAGAAUAAGGGACAAGAAUGCUGAAGGAUUUUCAUGCCCCCUAGUGGCUCUUUGUCCUCCUCUUCCACUUCAUCCUUUUCCUCUUUCUUUGUCCACCAUCUCCCAUGUUCAAUUGUUUCUAACUCUAAAGCAAAGCUAGGUCCUCUGCCUGUUUUUCUUUUCUGAAUGCUAACAUUACAUAACCAAAUCACAGAAGGUAAAUGAAUAGCAGCAUUUAAAUAAAAAAUAUUUUUCCUUUUGUCUUUAUAAGGCUUUGUAAGCUGUUCCCAGAGCAAGAACCUCAUUCUGGAGUGAGACUUGAAAAGUUGCCUAGCUGAAAAGCAAGAAUAGCUCUUAAAGCAACAGCUCAGAGAAAGAAGCACAAAGGAAUAUUUUGCUUUCCUUGUCCCUGUCUAGAAGCCCUAGGACAGAGGUUCCCAAACAUAAGCUGUGGAGGGAGGGCUUUGGAGCAGUUGGAGAUAAUAUGUAAAUUAUGUUCUAUCUGUAGUGCAAAUGGAUUCAAAGCUCUUGCAGCAAUUACAGUUUUCUACUUUAUGAAGGUGACUUUCUUCUUCCCUGCGUCUCCUAGGCCCACACCAAGCUAUUAAUCCUCUUCUUCCAUAUGUAGUGCAUUUUACUGCAUUUUACCUCCCUUUCUUCUAGCUAGAUAUCUUCUUAUUUCAAGGACAGUAUUAGAGGUGCAAAUAUAAUUAUUUUACUAGACUGCAGCAAUCACCUCUUAGUCAGAGAAUUUUAUCUGAAUAGUAGCCUUAUUUUUCUUGUCAGGAAGGUUUGAAGGGUUUAUUUGCCAGGACUGAAGCUAUUGCUUUUUUUUUUUUUUUUUUUUUAAUUAUUAUUUAGGAGUGUUUUCUGUGCAGGCAUCUUUUGCAUGGGCUACACAGUAAUCUUUCUACCACCUGAGAGAAUGAAGACUUUAUUUUAUCUGCUCAGACAUAAAUGCAUUUUUCAAGUUUGUCUCUUCUAGAAUUAAUCUUUAAUUACCAUUUUGGAUUUUGUCAUGAGUUGAGAAGGCCAGUUUGAAUGCAAGGAUUCUGCUGUGAUGAAGUGAAAAAUUGUGUUCUCUGAAGAGGUUUUGUGCAGCUUCAUCCUGACAGUUGUAAUAUGGGAAUAUUGCAAGUCUGUGUCUGAGAACAGGAUGGGAUGAAUAUGUGCAUGUUCAUGCAAAACACCUUAACCAGACUUAUGAGGUUGCCUUUGUUCAGUGUUGCACUAGUUCAAGGAAAAGCUUUUGGAGGAGGAGCAGAACUUACCACAGCAUGUGAUUUCAGGUUGAUGACGCCUGGAAGUGAAAUUCGGUUUGUCCACAAGCACAUGGGCCUGGUGCCAGGCUGGGGAGGAGGUGCCCGGCUGGUGCGCAUCGUGGGCAGCGGGGCAGCCCUGCAGCUGCUGGGCGGGGCUGCGCGGGUGGACCCCGAGAGAGCGCUGAGCCUGGGGCUCUCCGAGCACACGCUGCCAUCCUCUGAUGAAACCAGUGCGCUGGGAGAGGCCCGCGCCUGGCUCAGUCAGUACACAGACGGUCCGGCCACGGUCAUUCGGGCUGUGAAAAAGGUGGUGACAGCAGGAAGAGAGCUCCCGCUGGAAGCUGCCCUAAGGACAGAGAAGGACAUUUUUGGAACUGUGUGGGGUGGGCCUGCCAAUUUGCAGGCAUUGGUUAGAAGACCAAAACAUAAAUGAUGGUUUAUGCAUAAGAAAUGGGCUUGACUUUUUUGCAAGCAAGGCUUUCAGUAAAGCAGCCGUUAAGCCGAAUCAUUUAAGGACUUGUCCAUUUAAAAUGGCAUUAACAUUCCUGCCAUUUAGGUCAGGCAGGCAUAUUUGGUGUGCAACCACAGAGAAAUCCCAGGCAGAUUCUCUACUGUCCUAAUCACCCACUGAAUCAAGAUUAGUGAAAUUACUAUGUAAAGGUAAAUACUGUGCUGAAAAUAGAACUAUAAUUCAUUUGGAAUGAGGCUGAAGAUUAUUUUAUUUUGUGUUUUGUUUUUUAACUGGUAUGGAAAUUAAUUACUUGAAAGAUAUGAGGUUUAUUCAUUUGCGGAACAGGUGCAUCUAAAGCUGCAAAAUAGGAGGUCCCCAACAUGAGACCAGUGUCUUUAAGCAGCUUGGAAAAGAUGAUUACUAGUGGGAGGAUAGCUUUUAUUUUUUUACUCUAGUUAGUUCUUUGUGUGAUUGCUGAGAAAGUAUCCUUCAAUUUUAAUGGUGCUUUUACAGGAGAAGCUUUGAGUUGCUGAGAAGCUUCUAGCAUUCAUUCACUAUCACUGAUUCAGGCUUUUAAAUGUAUUUUUAUGUCUUCUCACUGCUCGAGGAAUCAACUACCCACACAUGCAUCUGCACAUUCCCAUAUUCUGUACCUGUGCAAAGCUGCUGGCCUGGUUCUUUACACAGAAUCUGGUUGAAAUCUUGGAAGGCUAUGAUGUAUCAUACCCCAAAAAGGUUUGUCCUUAGGUGACUGGGUGAUGUGAGUUCUUCAUCAUUCUGGUAAGAUGUGAGUGGAUAUGUCUAUGUCUUUCUUCAAUGCAUUUUUACUGGUAGGGUAUAUUUGGGCUGACUAGGUUUGGAACUCAGUCUCCCCUUCAUGCCAGUGACUUACGCAGGUAAUUGGAUAACUCAGUGGGGAACGUUUUCCCUUUAGAAAUUAGAAACAGGCACAGAGUGCCUGCUUUAAAAAUAAACAUACAGAGAGCAAAACCAUACAGACAUAUCUGUGACUGAGAGUUUCCUGUACUGUUGAUUAGGAUGCACUUGUCUCUAAAUCCAGCAGGGACUGAGAUCUGAGCCAAAGAACUCUGUGGGAGCAUGUAAAGAAGGAAGCUCUGGGCUUUGUGCCACUGACAUGUCUUUUUGCUCUGACCAGGCAUAACUAGCUCAAGAUCAUGGAACAAGCUCCCUUAAGAAAAUAAGGCAGUAUCUUGGAUGGAAAUCAGUGUUAUGAUUUCUAGUGUGGCAGGAGUCCUGAGUUUUAGAUAGUGAGGUAACUACAUAUAUUUGAGGACUUGGGGACAAAUCAAUGUUGGCAAUUAGGCUUAGAUUGCCUGUUAAGAUUCUGCUAGUUUCAAGCAAAUUCUGUGAUCUGCUGGGAAUGUUUUGCAGUGUGGUUUUCACAGCAAUUAAUAUAGCAUGAAGCAACCAAGAGAAAUGCUGAGGAAAGGGAUGUGUUUUGAGGUGGCAUCUCAGAGAAGAUAAGGAACUUACCUCCACCCUGUUGAUCCUGCACCUUUGCCUUAAUGUCUGGAGCACUAAUGGAGGAAGAUUUCAAAUAUCUCUUCCCCAAAAAUAAAGUUCUGUUUUUUCUUUCAGGUUAGAGAAGAGACAGGAAUGAGAACGUGGGGAAGAGAGCAGUGUUUUGGUUUGUGCCUUUCUCCCCCCAGCUCCUUUUUAUCCAGUAGCCCAGUGGUUACUCCUGUGUAGCUGGAUUCUUUCUCAUGCCCUAAAGAACUUCAAAACUAUUACUUCAGAUGAGCAAAUGCUUUAGUAUAAUCAGACAGCACUUGACUGUUUAGUAGUGAAGCUGUUCUGAUUUUCAUGAAGUUUCUCAAGACUCAUGAGGGAUUCCAGACUGCAGCAUCACUGAACCUUCAAGGCACACUCAGUCUAUACUCAUCCAGCUUUUUGAAGCAAUAGCGCAUAAUGUUGUUGUGAGUGAAAACAAAAAAUGUUUUAAAGGGCAACUGAUUAUGUUGCAAGAAUGUGCCAUUACUAAUACUAUUAUUCUUUUUAAAAUUGAUAUGGAAAUUACUUAGAACCUGAGUAAGACCCUUGAAUCUUUUUUCUUUGGCAUAUUAGGCUCCUAAGUGUAUUCUGUGUACUGGGUUAUAGAAAUUUGAGAGUGAAGAAAUUGUAGGACAAAGGCAGAAUCUGGUUUCUUUCACAUUUUGAACCAGAUCUGUGCUGGCAGUUAGUGAAUGGUAAGUACACCUCUGGGGGAUCUCUUUCCAUUUUGAUUUAUAGACAAUGAGCUUAAUUCUCAUUUCAGCAAGUGUAUUUCCCCAGCCACCCUCUCUGAUUUGUAUCAAAGGCUAAUAAUUAGCUUCUAAGAAAACAGGACAAAUAAUUAACUAUUACACACCAAGACAAAUUCAGAACAGUUUCAGAGAGGGUUAUGGAAACCCAUAUUGCUGCUAUCAUAAAUACACCAAGCAUAGGUACAGGACAUUCUGAAGAACAUUACAGGUUGUGAUCAAGGAUUUAGUGAGUAGUCCUAUACCAUAUUCUCUUACUCUAAAAGUAAGUAGAGUCCUUCACACAAAAACCAGCCCAGCUAAAUUACUAUGAGUGCUAGGAUGAAAGUUCCAGACUGAGAUGAAAUGGAAUCCCAUUUUACCCAUUUGAAAGCUAAAUGCUUUAUUUCACAGAAUACUUUCCUGUCAUCCUAAAGUGACAAAUAUCUUUAACCAGCAGUUGAUAAAUGUUUGUAUUUUCUUUACAACUAUUAAAGAUGUCAAGCUUAAUUUCAGGGUUUUUUUUUCCCUUCUGAAAUGGUUUAAAAACAAACAAGCACUAAAUGCGCAAAAUAAAUUAGAAACAUCAAAAUUGAUAGUCCCAGUCUCCUAAUUAAAUAGCAUGCCAGCUUUUGUAUUUCCUAGGGGCUACUUUGCCAGCUUCCUCCUCAGCAAAAUAAGUUGCCUAUUACAUUGUGAAAUGUCUCUCUUGUUUUUCUUCUGUGUACUGGGACAACCCAAGGGUUUAAUGGGAGUAUGGAUUCUUUACCAAGCCUGUGAAGGUUGUAUACUGGAGACCACUUUUAGCAAUACAGAUACUUCCAUCUUAUUUGCUGCUGAUAGAAAUAUAUUUACCAGAUGGUCAGUCUAGGUAAGCAAAGUGUUCUUGCAGAAUGCUUGGGUCCCUAUCUGAUUUAUAUUAUUUUUAGCCAUUAAAUAUAAUUCCUGUA